AUGGCCAUAAGUGAAGGGGGUCCUGUAUUCUUGAAAGUUGUGGAUACUUCAGGUGAAAUUAAAAGUAAACACUACAUAGCUGAUAGGAUGGCUGAACUUAUACAAGAAGUAGGAGAAGAAAAUGUGAUCCAAGUUAUUACAGAUAAUGCUCCUGUAUGCAAAGCUGCAGGAAUGGUCAUUGAAAGUUCAUGUCCAAAAGGUUUUUGGACUCCUUGUUUUGUGCACACAUUAAAUCUUGCAUUGAAGAACAUAUCUGCUGCCAAAAAUACUGAAAGAAAUGAGGUAGUAUGGACUGCAUGUAAUUGGAUUACUCAAACUGCUGAUGAUGUUUCUUUUGUUAGAAAUUUUAUCAUGAACCACUCUAUGAGAAAUGUCAUUUUAAAACAAUUCUCCACUUUCAAAUUACUUGAUGUUUCUGACACGCGUUUUGCAUCUUUCAUUGUAAUGUUAAGAAGAUUUAAAUUCUUCAAGCGUUCUUUGCAAUCAAUGAUUAUUAGUGAAGAAUGGAAUUCUUAUAGAGAGGAUGACACGGAGCCUAUUUAUAAUAUGGUUAGAGUUUGUGAUAUCGAUGCAUCCACACUUCAUUUGGUAUGUGAGAUGUGGGAUUCUAUGAUAGAUAAGGUGAAGGCAUCAAUAUAUAGGCAUCAAGGGAACGAUUUAAAUGAUACAUCAAUAUCACCAUUUUAUAGUGUUGUUUAUUCGAUACUAAUUGAUAGGUGGACUAAGAGUUGUACACCUCUCCACUGGUUGGCUCACUCUCUAAAUCCAAGGUAUUAUAAUGAUGAAUGGCUCAGUGAGGAUCCAAAUAGAGUUUCUCCACACGAGGAUGAAGAGAUAUCUACACAAAGGAAUAACUAUAGAUGGGUAUUAGGCCCCAAAUCUUGGUGGGUUAUGCAUGGUUCUCCCGCUCCUCUUCUUCAAAAGCUUGCCUUGAAGCUUCUUGUGCUACCUAGCUCUUCAUCUUGUUGUGAAAUAAAUUGGAGUACCUAUUCAUUCAUUCACUCUUUAAAAAGAAACAAAUUGAAUCCUAAAAGCGUUGAAGACUUGGUUUAUGUGCAUACAAAAUUGAGGCUUUUGGGUAGGAAAUGUGAAGAAUACAAAAAAGGGAGUACUAAGAUGUGGGACAUUGGUGGAGAUGCAUGGGAAAGUUUUGAUGGUGUUGUAACUCCUGAAGUUGCAUCAUUGUCUCUUGAUGAUCCAAAUUUGGAAGCCACUCUAUUCACCGAUAAUGGCGAAGGAGGAGACGACAUUGAUACUAUAUCAAUAUCUUAG